AUGAGUUUGGAUAUUCAUUUCAUGCUGGGAGGAACUGGCCUCAAGUUUUUAUCAUUCCUUGUAGAGGGGGGCAGUAUGGGUGGCGAUCAUCCUCCAUAUGACCAUUUUCCUAAACAGAACAAGACGAUGGCGAGGAUUCACCAUUAUCGACAGGUGUUCAGAGACAGCGCGGAACCCAAGUGUAUCGAAUGUAAAGGAUUGUUCAGGAACGAAGUGGCUUUAUCCAUAUUCGAUCAAACCAUGAAGCAAACUUCCCAAUUAUUGAAUGAUCAUCCUGAACUGUCGGAGGAUUGUAAGCGGGAGAUUAUGAGGGAUACUAUUGAGAGGUUCGGUGAAAAUUGGUCAAGGGAGAUUGGAUGGUUCGAUAAACACGAUGAGAAUUUGGUAUACAAAGAUAAGUGGAACUUGGAUUUGAAGAGGGAAUUGGAAUCUCAAUUGAAAUCCGAUCUGUCAUACAUCUACUAA